CUAAAUUGUCAGCGAAGCUGCCGACCCUGACAAUGCUCCGAGUCAAGGCACUUACAAGGCAGGCAGCCACACUGGGUGGGUGCCCAGGGGAUCCACACUCGGAGGGGGGGUUUGCUUGCGUCGGAAGUGAUGGCUGAAAGGGGACUCGUCUCGAGACCAGCGCUGAGCCUGUCAUGCGAUGAGGAGGAGGCGUCGAGGUUGAGAUCCGUUGGUUGGGUUAUCUCCCCCUGCGUAAGCGUUGGGAAUCGGUCACCACAGCAGCAGCUCAUCGGUACGCCCGACGCUGCAGAGCCGGGAAGAGGAUUUUGACUGGGUUUGAAUGUGUAUCCUACUCUGGCUCUACCAGAGACUUGGUUACAAAUACCAGUAUGUAUAUCAUCCUCAACAGUCACUCGUCACGGCCGGCUCUUGAUGGAUACUUUCCUGUACCGCGCGAUAUCAACUAACCGUCAUCUAUUUGGGAAUGAUGCAAUGAACAAGUUUCUGUAGCGUUAGGAAUGUUCGUCUACAGUCUACAAACUGCUAGGCCCGUAGCUGAUAUAAAUGCUGUAGUUUACUAUAUAUAUAUAUAUGUAAUAGAAUAGUAGGGUUCCUUAAGGUGAUGAAAAGAUUUAUAUGCUUAUCCAGUGGCAACGUUAGAUAAAACAUGCAGGCGUACGUAGAGAUUACUGUUGGGUUUAUGAUGGGUGAUCGUGAUGAUGUUUUCCAAGUCCUUGAUGGCAGAAACUUAAUUAGCCUCACCUGUUUGCUGUCCCCUCCUACUACAUGAUUUGGGUCCAGAUACGUUCAUAAAUGGGGAAGAAGUUCUUCAGGGCCAUUCCUUGUCUUGGAUUCUUAAUAGUCUCAGAAUCCUCCUGGCUGCUACUCUCAGCAUGCAGAGCGGAUUUCACCUAUGUCAGAUUAGGCAGAAGCGAAGUAGAGAAGUUUUCAUGUCCCGUUGCCCAGACCACAGCCUACUGUCAAAUCCGCCAUCUCUGAGCAUAUCUGUCAAGUUUUCAAAAGACGGCACGCAGGCGGAACAUUCACAGCGAGGAUGGAUGCGAAAGGAGGGCUUUGAUAAUAAGCUAGUACAUUGGAUUCCGCAAAACCGAGGGAGAGUGCCAGAGUUUCAAGCCCACCGUGGAAUUUGCAGCUAUGGCUGUUAGAGUCGCACAUAUGAUGCGAAUAUUUCAAGCUAUUUCAAUCUUCAUUCUAAUUUCAAGUGCAGAGGCCUCUAUCGGUGUUAACUACGGAACUUAUGGAGACAACUUGCCAACACCCACUCAAGCUGUGGCUCUACUGAAAAAAUCCGGGGUGACGCAAGCACGCAUAUACGACACCAACCCUUCAGUCCUCAAUGCAUUCCAAGGCUCCAAUAUUCAGCUCGUCGUUGGGGUACGAAAUGACGAGAUCGUAGCCAUCGGGCAAGACAAUGCCACUGCUUACAAGUGGGUUAACGACCACAUAGUGCCGUAUGCUUCAAAAUGCAACAUUACAGCCAUCGCCGUGGGCAACGAAGUCCUCAGCUAUGAAUCUAGUCAAGCAGUAAUGCUCCUGCCUGCGAUGAAGCUCAUACACACGGCUCUUGUAUCUUACAGUCUCGACAGCAUGAUGAAAGUCACGACCCCUAUGUCGGCGGAUCUCCUCGUAAGCAAAUUUCCUCCUUCAAUAGGCGCAUUUAGUGCAAAUCUGACCAAGACGACCUUGGUGCCAAUGCUGGACUUCCUCUCGGCGAUUGGGUCCUUCUACUUCCUGAACGUUUAUCCUCACAAGGAAUACCAGCACGGCCAAACUAAUAUAAGCCUAGAGUUUGCACUAUUUCAGAACAAUCCUGGAGUGGUGGAUUCUGCCACCGGGUUUUUAUAUACUAACGCCUUUGACUCGCUUUUAGAUGCAACCUACGCAGCACUGGCCAAGCUCAAUCAUACAGACCUCACCAUUGUGGUCAGUGAAACGGGGUGGCCUUCCCAAGGAGAGGCUUAUGAGAAAGGUCUUUCCCCAUCGAAUGCACAGACUUACAAUGCCAACCUUGUGAAGCAUGUGCUGAGCAAGGUCGGCAGUCCAGGCAGACCCGGAGUGUUGAUCAUCACUUAUAUCUAUGAACUUUUCAACGAAGAUAAGCGUCAAGGUCCUCUGUCCACUCGGAGCAUGGGAUUGUUUAGUGCGGAAAUGGCGCCUGUAUACGCUGUCGAUCUUUCAGGGAGUCAAGUUACCCAGGUUCCCAUUGGCCCCCCUGCUGCUUCUGCUACUCGCACAUGGUGUGUGGCCAAGCAGGAUGCAAGCCAGGAUGCCUUGCAAGCAGCUCUAGAUUACGCAUGUGGACUUGGACAAGCAGACUGCUUGCCUAUUCAACCAGGUCAAGCGUGCUUCCUGCCUAAUACCAGAACAUCUCAUGCAUCGUGGGCAAUCAACAGCUACUAUCAGAAGAAUUCCAACUCGGCUAAUGCCUGCAACUUUCAGGGAACAGCAACACUCACCACUAAGGAUCCUAGUUACACGGCAUGUGUUUACCCUUCCAACACCCACUUAGCAUCAGGACAAAGAUCCGCAGCGAAGUACUUGGCUCCUAAGGUCAUAAUUUUGCUCUCAUCAGCGGCUUUGGCACUGUGUUUUAGCACCAGAUAGCGAGGGCUGUCCUGUUUAUCUCAUCCUUGAGUCGAACUGCAAUUUUUGGCGUCUGCUCAUUCUCACUAAGUAGAGACUCUCGUUCAUUUAGUCCCAGCUCAAGCUUUGCUAGAAUGAAUGAGGGCUGGCAAGUCCCAUUUCACAUCGCUUUGAGAACCAACAUGAGUAUGACGAAUAAUCCGUUGUUAGAAGCCGAAUGUUAAAAGUAGGCUUUGUAGACGCAGAAUUUUGAGCAGAUUUGGACGUCUAGACUAUCACGACGGUAUGUAGCUGGAAAAACUGCUAAGUACUAGUGACAUGGCACUUCCGCUUUCCAUCAAAUUUCAGAAUUCAACAGGAAAACUUCAAGAACAACUUCCAAAUAA